AUGGACUUUAGUAAGGCUUUUAAAAGGCUAAUAAUGCUUGCACUUAAUAAGAACUCUUCGGUAAGAGGGGCACAAUCAGGAGGAGCUGGAUUAUCUGUUUCAAUCACUGUUAUGCCUGAUUUUUCGUAUGGUUUAUCGGUGUACGGAGCCUCCUCUUCUGAUCAUAACAACGUACAGCAUUUUUUAGACAGGUACUGUAAAAGCAGGUAUAUAUCGAGGAAAUUGAAUGUUAGGGAGCUGCUUGAAAGAUCAGAUUGCGUAUUUUUACAAAGGUAUUGAGAACAAAUUCGCCCCUUGUGAGGAUUUUACCAGAAACGUUUUUCACCAAUUACGCGCUAAGAAAACCAUGCUUUUAUUAUCCUAUAGUAGCAACAGAGCGCUUGAAAUCUUCCUAUGCGAAUAGACGUAUCUUAAGCUAUGAUAUUAAUUCCUUGAUGUAAAUAGAUGUAUAAUUGUUCUAAGAGCUCUCAACUGUUUUUUAUUUGUUUAACUUGUAACUUGAGAUAUGUAUUUUUAUCUUUUGAAUUUAUUAAAGACAAAGAAAAAGACAUCUAAUAAGUUUAAGCCUCUCAGCCUGUGGACAGUUGUCUAUGAGCAAUUUAUAAACGUGUGUUGUUCAAGGCUAGAUUUAUAUGUAUUUAUUUAGUUGUUUUCAUCACUUUCAUGCUAGCCUGCGUGGCAGGCGUUCGAAGGGGAAGGGGAAGGGGAAGGGAAUUAAAACUCCCUUUCCCAAAACUCCCUUUCCCUUCCCUUUCGAACGCCUGCCACGCAGGCUACUUUCAUGCCCUCAAACAGGCCCUGUACCGCCUAGACGUCAUAUAAGAUUAAACCAAUCAAAUUCCACGUCUCUUGAGGCGCAUUCUUGAACUUGGUAGAUUGGGUUGUCUGCCAUAUCAAGACGGCUUUGUUUGGUUGUGGUCUACUUCGCAGCGACUUCUUAAUUCUUUGUUAUUCCGUCUGUACACCCGCUAGAGUAGGGUAAAAUCAUACCUUAGACGACAGUAGGUUUCUAAUAACGCCAAUUAUGAACGCCCCUGUUUUGACCGCCUCUCUUUUUUUAUUACUUGUUUAUAUCGGAAACGAAAAAACUGACCAACACGCGUUACUUUCAACACCAAUAAUUCUACUAAUAUUCAAUUAGAAGGAGUUGACAUACUUUUAAAUAUGACGAUGACACGAAUAUUGUAAUUCCGUUGUGGAAAGAUGGAGUUGAUCAGUCACCGGAAGUGGUGGGAAUUUUUCACGUUGGUCUGAAAAAAAAAAUCGCCAUAUUAUGUAAUCCCGGAAAGUGCAAAGAACUCACCAUGCGUAAAAAAUGGGUUUGUAGAGGAACUGUGUAAAAUACAUAACAUUCCGCAAGGCAGCGAGCUUAAACUAUUAGCUGUGAUAUUCAAAAGCUUGUUAAGGCUAAUUAAAGCUUGCACGUAGUAAGAACUCUUCGGCGUGUGUGAGUAAUUGUCGAGAGUCUGAAAUAAUAAACUAGGAGUAAUUGGAGCUUGGGAGAGUGCGUUCGAUAUGUUUAUAAGGCGUACAGGUAGCAGUUGAGGAGGAAGGGUGGAUGGCAAGUUAUUGCGAUAGAUUAAGCCCGGUUUCCAUAUGAUCGCCACGAUCGCUGAGAAAGAAAAGUUCAGGGAUCAUAUGGAAACCACUCUUCAGCGAUCGCAGCGACAACGAUUGCUGAGAUAGAACUUUUUAUAUCUCAGCACAGGCAGCCCAAGCGCACUAUUUGUGGGUUCGGGCUUCAGAGGUCAUUUGGUCGGAAUAUACUAGAAUUAUUAGCGUAUUAUCUAAUGCCAAAUAAAUGCAAAAAGUCUUAAAGAUAUGAAGUCUUCUUGUUUGUCUAUCGGUACUAGUAGCCUUUACGAUAACGAAAAUCGAAGAAAGAAGGGAAGCUUCCCUUCUUUUAUAGUGUUCAGUACUCGAUGGAAAGAAAGUCGACUAAACGGCGUUUAAACCAGCUGUAGGACACAGAGUGGCUAUGAACGAAAGGUAAGGGAGCUUUUUGAAUCAAUAUUUCGCGUGAUCAUGAUUUUUUUUUUUCCUUAGCGUUGUAGAUUCGAAUACAUGUGAUAAAAUUCGAACAAUAAGGGCCCGAAUCACAUGCAAUAAUGCAAGAAAUAUCGAUUUUCGUUAUCUUAAUGGCUACUAGUACCGAUAGACAAACAAGAAGACUUCAUAUCUUUAAGACUUUUUGCAUUUAUUUGGCAUUAGAUAAUACGCUAAUAAUUCUAGUAUAUUCCGACCAAAUGACCUCUGAAGCCCGAACCCACAAAUAGUGCGCUUGGGCUGCCUGUGGUUUUUCCGAAUAAAUAACCUAGACUUAAACUGUUCGUUUGUCCGGUGCAGAAAAUAUCACGAGUCAUGAUGAAAUGGCGCCGCCGAGCUUCACAUCUCAGUAGAUUUACUUUGUGACACAACGGCCGCCGAAACUUUUGAAAGAUGAACGUUUUGGAAAAUUCAGCAAACACAGAUCGACAGUAGACCUUCAGCAAACUCUUGAUGUACGCUUUACGGAGAUUCAGCAAACUUUUAAAAGAUGAACGCUUUACCAAGACAGAAUAGCAGACCUCAGCAAAAGUUUGAAAGAUUAACGUCGAAGACACACUAAUCACCACGUGAGUUAGUGCGUCAAAGUGAGGCAAAACGUAAGCAAGCGCCUCAAAGCGAGGCAAAUGUGUGUCGACACAAAUGCAAUCUCGAAAAACCUCGCUUAUUGAUUGCACAGGAAACCCAAAUAAUGCACUGAACACCCCAAAGAAAUUGGGGGUUGCGUUCUCGUACCUCGAACGCAAUAAUUAUAAUCGCGAUAAUUAAUAAUAAUAAUAAUUUAUGUAUAAUUGAUAAAAAAUAAUAUAUUUCUCCCUGUUCCCUAAAUAAUAGCAGGGAGAUGCACAUUAUUACUGCUAAAGUACAAAGCAAAAAAAUUCACAAGUUCCAACACGAUUUAUUAAAGAAGAUUCCAUCCCACAAUAAAGUUCACUGCCGAAAUAUCAGACAAUGAAAUCUUUCCUUGAAACAAUAGUUUUCAACAGAGAGCGACUCUCAGGGAAAUCAAUCUUGGACAUCAAAACCCACUAUAAGCCGACUGAAACCUUGCAAUAUACACAUUUUACCUCUUGCAACCCUCCAGGGGUAAAAAGAGGUUUCAUUAAAGGCGAAGCAAUAAGAUUGCUUCGAACAAAUUCUUCAAAAACAUUUAAAGAGUGCUUCGCGAACUUUAACAACGCCUCGAAGCACGCGGGUAUCCUAAAAAAUCCUAAACGAGAAAUAGAAACGUCGUUGUCUUAGGUCAACUUCGACUAAUUAUAAGACAAUAGGCGCUAAAACAAAAGCAAAAAAGUACAGAGAGUCGAUUUCCUUUCGUUACAACAUGUCACCCAGCGGUACAGGAUCUUAAAGAGGCACUGAUGGCAAUUGGAGUCGAUUAGAAAAUCAGCCUCUUCUGAAAACAAUUUUUAAAGACCUCCGAUCAUAUCCUACGAAAGAGGUAACCUACAUGCUUGUAAGUACGGUGUUCGAGGAGUAUCACAAAUAAAAUUUACUAUGUCUGAUUCUUUUCUUGUCUUCUAUGAUUUUGAUAUCUUGUCUAUGAUUAAAAGGAAAAAUCCUUUUCGUUUUUAGUGUGUCAUUUUGAUUUUAAAUUUGUCGCGUUUGAUUUCUCAAAUGCAUUUUUGAUUUCCAAAAUUUGACGCGUUUGAUUUCUAAAAUUUGACGCGUUUGAUUUCUCAAAUGACACUUUUGAUUUCCAAAAUUUGUCGCGUUUGAUUUCUCAAAUGACACUUUUGAUUUCCAAAAUUUAUCGCGUUUGAUUUCUCAAAUGACACUUUUGAUUUCCAAAAUUUGUCGCGUUUGAUUUCUCAAAUGACGCUUUUGAUUAAAAACUUGCAAGAGGUGACAGGCCGCACAUCUUCACCGGCGUGAAACCUUUGAAACCUUUUACAUAUUGCUCCAUUGAGGAGACCUCUUUCAGGGGAUCUUACAGUUUAAAAUUUGAACGAUGAUAUCGCUUCUAUAUAGCGGUCCAAGAUACGGUUCGGUACAGUUUAUGUACAGCAACGGAAUUGUGUAAGUGGAGCAGAACCUUUUCAAUUUUCAACAGACAAUUUAUUCAGUUCGCGCGUAUUCCUGUUGAAUUUGUAGCCCGUUUAUGAGAUAUGUCUACACAAAAAUAUAAUAAUUUUUCCAUAGCUGCUGUUAUGUGAGAGUAACUGCUUUUAAUAUCUCCGUAAAGUUUAGGUUUACGCGAUCUCUUGAGACAAAUUUUGGAAAUCAAAAGUGUCAUUUGAGAAAUCAAACGCGUCAAAUUCUGGAAAUAAAAAAAAAUGCAUUUGAGAAAUCAAACGCGACAAAUUUAAAAUCAAAAUGACACAAUAAAAAUGAAAAGGAUUUUUCCUUUUAAUCAUAGACAAGAUAUCAAAAUCAUAGAAGACAAGAAAAGAAUCAGACAUAGUAAAUUUUAUUUCUGAUACUCCUCGAACACCGUAUGUAAGAGCAAAACUGUAACUUGAAGGCAGCUGCCGGAUAAUGCGACGCAACCACAAGAACCACUUUGUCCGUGCAGACUUCCUUUGUUCCUUUGGUUGUUGUUAUCAAUUUUUUAAUUCCUGGGAAAUGUUGAACCGAAGAAGACAGUAAAUAAAUGACAACCACCGAAAUAGAAGGAUAAAAAACAUCAGCUGAGAUCAUAACUGAAAACAAACAACGGCUCAAUGUAACUAUUUAUUUCUCUUAUGUUAUUUUGGAUAAAUAAUAAACGUUGAGUAUGUAUGUCUUAUGUCGGACUUCCCACUUGCCUUUAUCGGAAUCUCGACAUAUGGUUCUCGACUAUCGACUUAGUACUCUGGACAAUUACUCAAACUCUUCUUCGGUAAGAGGGGGACAAUCAGGAGGAACUGGAUUAUCUGUUUCAAUGAAUUGUUAUGCCUAAUUUUGAGUGAUUUAUCAGUGUACGGAGCCUCCUCUUCUGUACAGCGUACAGCAUUUUUUAGAUAGGUGCUAUAAAAGCAGGUAUAUAUCGAGGAAAUUGAAUAUAAGAGAGCUGCUUGAAAGAUCAGAUUGCAGUAUUUUUAGAAAGGCAUUUAGAACAAAUUCGCCCCUUGUGAGGAUUUUACCAGAAACGUAUUUCACCAAUUACGCGCUAAGAAAACCAUGCUUUUAUCAUCCUACAGUGGCAACAGAGCGCUUCAAAUCGUCAGGGGCA